UUAAUGUACCCCCACAUGCGGCAUUGGGCACCUUUCCUUCCUUCCACUCAGCACGGCCAACAGCUGUACCGGCACGUCUACGUGGGCUGCAAAGAAGUCGACAACGUGCACAAGAAUUUUGAGCUGCUCUACACGUCGCUGGCCCUGAUCACCAUCGAGCUGGCCAACGAGGAAGUGGUCACCGACCUCAUCCGCCUGGCCAUCGCUCUGCAGGACAUCGCCAUUCUCAACGAGGACAACCUGCCGAUGUUCAACCGGUGCAGCAUCAUGGGGCUGGUGGCCGCGUACCUCAACUUUCUGAGCCAGAUGAUCGCGAUCCCGGCCUUCUGCCAGCACAUCAGCAAG